CCCCACUUGCCAGAGCGGCACCUGCGAACUGAGUGGUCCGCCGCCACGCAAGCCACCGUCUCUUUCCCGAGGUGCGUUGCUGUGGGAAAACAGUGGGCAUUGUAUUAAGGGUUAGGGAUCUGCCACAGGUUCGACAUCGACCAGCCGACUCCUCCAACUGUCGUUGGGUUGGGUCCCCUUACUUCGGCGCUUACAGUUCAACUCUCCGCGGCGCAAAGCCCGCCCACUGCACACCCUGAACCCCCAUUUCCGCUCUCGCCUCCCACUGAACAAAAUGGCUGAGGAGUCGGAGGCUGUGCUGCAGCUCCCUCCCUCAGGCGCGGCUGACAGCGAAGGACCUGCGGACGUCUCCCCAGGAACAGCCACUCCGGAGCCUCCUUCUUCCGCUGCAGUCUCCCCUGGUACAGAGGAACCUGCCGGCGACACCAAGAAAAAAAUUGACAUCCUACUAAAGGCUGUAGGAGACACCCCUAUAAUGAAAACAAAGAAGUGGGCUGUAGAGCGAACCCGAACCAUCCAAGGACUCAUUGACUUCAUCAAAAAGUUCCUUAAACUUGUGGCUUCAGAACAGUUGUUUAUUUAUGUGAAUCAGUCCUUUGCCCCUUCCCCUGACCAGGAAGUUGGAACCCUCUAUGAGUGUUUUGGCAGUGAUGGUAAACUGGUCCUACACUACUGCAAAUCUCAGGCAUGGGGAUGAACUACAGAAAAGAUCUUCAUAACUAAAAUGAAUCUUCACAAAGGAAACAGCUCUGAAAAGUUGGACACUUUUGGCAAGAUACUUGUGAAUAUGAUCUACUGAGCAUGUUAUCUGCUAUGACCCAUGUUUAUGCAUGUUAUCCAUAGAGUAGAUAGACUCACAAGAAUGUAGUUUGCAUUACAGAAAUCAUGCUAAAAGAUUGACAUGAGAGUAUACCCAGUACUACAACUAUUGCUCCAUAUAUGCCUCCAUGACAAUUGAUAAGGAGACUAAGAUUGUAAAAGCCUCUUUGUCACCAGUUCUUAAAAUUGUUUACUUGUAGAAUUAACACUCUGCUGAUUGUUUUUCCACUGUAAAAGUCAGUUUUGUUUACUAAAGGAUUCUUUUUGUGCUUACUCUGGGAAGUUCAGUUUGUUCAAUGUAUGGGAUAUGCCUGUUCUCAUUUAUAUUUAUACCUAUACAGUAUUAUGAAACAAAAUCUCACUGUCCUGCUGAUUUUAUACCUUACAUGAUCCAGUAGAGGGCAGCCCAGCUGGUAGAAAGAAGCAGUUUGGUUUUACAUCUUUGCCAGAUGAUAAUGGAGGAAAAAAACUGUUCCUGCUCAUUUCUAGCAAACAUCUAGCCAAGACAACAUAUAUAUUGACACACUGGAAGACUGUUUUAAAGAAUAUGCAUCAUUUAGAUUUAAUUAUUUUGUUGGGAAACAGGAAUUUUACAAAUUUUGGACAAAUUUCAGUCCAGUCAUUUGAUGAUUCUUGAACCCCGAUGGUUAUAGCUGUGGUGAUAUUCUGUCUCUUAUUCUUAGUGUCAGAAGUGCUCAUGUGAAGGUGACAGCAUUCUUGAAUUUUUUUAUAAUGAAUUUUUUCAACUUGAAAAUGCUCAGAAUAACUGGAAAAAAACUAGUUUUUAUGUGUAUUUCAUGGCAUAACUAAAAGUAUCUUUUUUUCUAAUGCUGUUAACACUGGUUAUUGCUUGAAGUAAGAUUUAACACUUUAUUCUGUACUACAUUUGUAAUGCAGUAUUUAAAGAGUAUUUCACUGAUGUGUGGAACCUAAAAAACUAAAAAAAACGAACAAAAAAACAGACUCAUAGAUACAGAAUAACUGAUAGUUGCCAGAGGGUGGGGUGGCAGGGGUAUGGCCAGAGAUGGUGAAGGGGAGGAAGAGGUUACAAACUUAGAGAUAAGUCACAGGGGUGUAAAGUACAGCAUAGGGAAUGCAGUCAACAAUGUCACAAUAACUUUAUCUGGUGACACAUGGAUAGUGCACUUCUGUGAUCACUUUUGUAGGGUGUGAAAACUCACUAUGUGAUACACCUGAAACUAAUAUAAUAUUGUAUGUCAACUAUAAUUAAAAACAGCUGUACAUUCCAGAAUAAAAACUAGACAUGAAGCCACAAAAAAAAGUAUUUCAGUAAAUUGAAUGGAAUAUCCAAACAGGUCUAAAGUGUGUGCAAGAAUCCUAAGUGUUUAUUUUCAAAGGCAAUGGGCAUGGUAUGGUUUUGUCAAAGAACUUUGAACUAUGCUUAUGUCCCUUAAAUCCUAGAAUGUACUUUAUGGUUAAUGAUCUGCCAUAUACUAGCAUUAAAGGAUACUAAGGAACAACUGAGUUUACAGUGAUCGAAUCACUGUUCAGUUCUUAUUUUCUGUCCUUCUUAAGUCCCCUUAUACCAAUGUUCCUGAGUACUAACGUAAUACAGCUAGUAGUUAGCAGUGGAAUAAUACAGGUUAAAUUUUCCAAAUUUAUCUUGUAAAAACUGGGUCAGAAAUUUGUAUGUAUGUUGAAAACCAGAAAGUGUAUUUUCAAGUCACGUAUGUUGGAUGUGGAAAAGAGCUGUUCUCUAGCUUCAUCCAUUUAUAGUUUAUUGAAAGAUGUAAAUAUAUUUAUAUGCAUAUAUAGUUAACAAAUAGCAAAAAUUAUUUACUUAAUAUUUAUUACUAAGGUUUCAGGUAUGGAAUAUUUACUACCUCAAUAAGCAAAACUCCAUUUUGAAUUUGUGACAUCAGUUGUUCAUUUUUGAUCUAAAGAACUUAGUAAUUGAUUAAACCUAAGGUUAGUUAAAUACAUAUAUACCUUGCUUGUUUUUUUUCCCCUAAUAACCUUGAAGAACAUAGUAUAGGGCUUUACACUAUUAUAAAUCAUAUUUAUACUAUUACCUCUUAAUCUUUACCCAAAGAGUUGAUCACUUUAUGUAACUUUGCAACAUCUACUUGUAAGCCUGGAUCCCAUUAAGUUAUUUGGUGACUAGAACCUUAUACACAAUUCACAAAUAUUUUUCGUAGUUGUCUGGUUUAAACUGUUAACUGUAAUUGAACUUGGAGCAAGGGGAACUGAACCCUCAGGUCAUAUUUUGUUUUCCAUGUUUAUGAGAAAAUUGAUGUCAGUUAUGUCAUGCUCUACAUUACUGUGCAAAGAUGACCUACA